AUGCAUGCUGGCGGUCGCAAGACAUACAUGAAGCCCCAGUAUGUGAUGCAGGUGAGUUCAACAGUGCGUUUUCUCACGGACUACUCGGAUUCUUGCGCAGUGACAUUGACUUUCAUGAUCGUGAGAAAGGGUCUUCCCGAUCAGAGCCUCGAAGCGAAGCCCACGCAACAUGAUUCUGCGCUCUAUAUGCCAUUUCUAGGAUGGUCCGAUUGGCCACGCAAACCGGACCGCAACAGCCUCGAGCAAGCGCUUCCGGAACCCGUUCAGUCUCAGGACGACCCCGCAGACCAGGAGCAGCCCUACAUGACCCUCGACCAGUACUACUACUCCUCGAUCAGUGACACCACAGAAAGAGACGGUGAUCAAGUUGUUGGGCGCUUCACCAGACCGGAGAACAGACCAGGACCGGCCGGCAGGCCAUCUUCGAAUGCCCCUCAGAACACUUCUACAAUAUUCAUCGUGAACCAGCUGUGGCUCUUUACGCUUGGCGAUAAAACAAUUGUAACCUUCACCACAAGAGAAAGCACGGAUGCCACCAAGGGCUUCUUCCAACGAGUACUUGCCAACCUGAAGAGCCAGAAGAACAGAGCACCUUGGUCAGUAGAAAGAGUCCGCGAGAUUAUCCUCAGCACGGCGAUCGGGAUGUUCGAGGUACCAGAGAUCGGCUCAGAUCCAAGCCCGAAGAAGUCGCCCCUCGCCAUCUUCCGAGAAUCCAUCCAGAAUGUUCGUGAGAAAGAAGCUACACUAUACAAGUCAUUCUGCGAGCAACUGGAGGAUGACCUCAAAAGAGAAAAGUCGUCGGAAGGGCGAGACGAAACCAGGGCCGUGAAGAUUGGAAGAUUCUGCAAGUCACUCUGGCUUUUCAUGGCCGACGCUGUGGGCCUUCGCCCUUUACGCGAACAGAACAUACACACUUUAGGGGCUGAUAGAACGGGCGAUAUGUUGUUCGAAGGAGAUGAUACUCAGGCUGUCGUGGCCACAGGGGCCAGACCCGAUGCCGGAAACCAGACAGCGCGUGUGCGAAGACCAAACACAAAGAAACCCAAAAAGGAGACCAUUUCCGCAUCGAAGAAGGAGUAUGAUAACAUCCUCGCGGAAACAACGCUUCUACGGGAGAUCAAGGAUAUCAGCGACGAGCUCAACAUCCUUCACAGCUUGGCGGAGGAUCAAAAAAAGGAGUAUGACCGCAAGGCAGGCUUCACCUACGAAACUCCUUCUGAGAUCAAAGGCGAGAUCGAAGAGAUGAUCAAAGAUGCGGAGACCGUCCGGAAGUCCCUUGACAUGCUGCUUGAUCUUAAGCAGAAGCAAGCGAACAUCAACGAAGCGAAGAGCAGCCGCAAGCAAAGCGAAGAGACUGCCAAGCAGGGUGUUGCUAUCAUGGUGUUUACACUUGUGACGACCGCCUUCCUGCCCGCAUCGUUUCUGACGAGCUUUUUUGCUUUGAAUGUGUCUGACUUUCCUCAUGUCAAAGGGAGCGUCAGCUAUGAAGGGAAAUGGAUCUUCCCGAUCAUAUUCGGUGUCUCUGUAGCCGUCUCUUCGAUUAUCGCGUGUAUUGCUUUUCAAUUGACCAAAUGGGGUAGACGCUGGAAAGCGGUGCAGACCAAGCUAGAUAAGGAUAUUGAGGCAGGAGACCAGGCAUGA